AUGAAAAGAGAGGCUGCAAAUGAUAUAAUUUUCUUAUUCCUUGUAGAAUUUGAAGCAAAGCAAACCAUAACAUCGUAUACAGGGAGUAUAACUGAUAGGGCACUAGUCCAGCAAGCUUGUCGAGGUGUUGACAUUGUUCUACACAUUGCCUCUAUGAUUGACUGGUCAUUAUUUCCAAAUAGAAAGAUUCUACAUGAAGUAAAUAUAUUAGGAAAACAGAUAAGGACAAUUGCCAUUCUACCAUUACCAAUGUACGGCGAAUUGGACUAUAUUACUAUUCCACUUUCAAUAAGACCUUUCAAAGGAAAGACUUACCCUUUAGUUGGUCGUAUGACGGCCACUUUACAAUAUAGUUAUGUUGGAAAUACAGCAAUGAUGUUUGUGAAGGCAGCCGAAGCAAUACCGAACAAUCCAGCUCUUGGCGGACAAUUUUUCUUUGCUGCAGACGACACUCCACCAGAUACAUUGCCGGGUGUCAUGAAACCAUUUCUAGAUCUAGUAGGGUCCAGACCAUCAACAUGGCAUAUACCCUACUGGUUUACGAUGUUUAUGAUGUUUUUAUUUUAUUGUUUACUUUAUAUAGUUCGUCUUUUUAAAACAGUCAACUUGCCAAAUUUGCAUUUCACAUUCGGUAGCAUAGCAUUUUUAAAUACAACAUUUUAUGUUACUUACGACAAAGCCAAGACAUUGCUAGGAUACGAACCCAUCUAUGACUACGAUACUUCAAUCAGACGAUCAAAUACAUUUUAUUCGAAGAUAAUUUGA